GUCUGUGAAAGUCAUAUAACACACUGUCGCACAGUGAACUGACGAGCGCGAGGAGGAGGGAUCUGUCAUCUUCACGGUCUCAGGCAGCAUGUGGACGGGCUCCUAUCGUGCCACUGUCGAGAGAGAAAUGGCGAGAGCCAGUGUCAACAUUCGAGAACAUCUAUCUUUGGAUGCAGAGUAAGCUGAUGUUUCACAGCUGUAAAUAGUUUUGGAGUCUUGGUUCAUUGUAUUCAGUCUACAGGGCACGCGCUACACUUUGGCGGUGGUGACAGUUAAUCUAUCUGAGCUGGGUUCUCGGCCAGUGCAAUCUAAGGAAUUAAUUGUUAUACAGGACUAUACACCUGCAACUUGUUCCCAGAACGGUGGUGACUGACUCCCGUUGGAUGUAACGUUGAGCGGAGUGACGCGGGUCGGUUUGCGGGCAAAUAGAGCGGUGGUGGACCAAACGCACAACGUCCAAUUUAAUCUCCCUUCCCGUGUCCCUGUGCUCCGCCCGACUCAUAACGGAGAUGUUGCUCCUCGGAAUACUGCUCAACAUCUUCAUACGAGGUGUGGUCCCCUCCUUGUCGCCCCUCCCCCUUGGCUUUGUAGACUGUGUGGAGGCAGAGAGGGGGUGUAAGGAAGACCCCCGGUGUAAGGAGCUGUACAUGACCCUGGAGUACUGUUCAUCCGAGGAGGCGUUGGCUCCGCUGGGGAACAAGGCCAGCAUAGAGUGCCUGGAGGCCCUGAGCGGCCUGCACUACCUCCCUCUGUUGGCCUGCAAGUGUCAGCGCGGCGCACGCAGAGAGGAGCACUGCCUCAAAGUCUACUGGAGCAUCAGGAUCCUGCAGGGUUAUGAUGACUUUGAGGGGUCUCCCUAUGAGGACUCGCCAGUGGAGUCUUCUCGAAUGGCCUCCUUAGUGGCAGCAGCCUCCUCUCUUCUUCUAGAUGGACAGAACGUAUGUCUGAAGGCAGCCCAGGACUGUGGUCUGUAUGAGAAAUGUGGUUCCCUGAGGUCUGAGUACGUCCUGGCCUGCACCAAGCAUGCCCCAGGCUCGGACCACUGCAACAGGCAGAAGUGCCACCGGGCGCUGCGGCGCUUCCUGGAGCGCGUUCCGGAGGAGUACAGCCUGGGGUUGCUGUUCUGCCCCUGUACUGACAAACUGUGUGGGGAGAGACGCAGGAAGACCAUCGUCCCUUCCUGUUCCUACCAGGAGAGAGACUGGAUACAGCCCAACUGUCUGCUUCUGCAGAGCUUCUGCAGGAGGGACCAACUCUGCAGGUCCAGACUGGCUGAUUUCCAGAAUAACUGCCAGCCCUCUGGCCAUUCCCCUUCUGGCUGUAUCAGAGAGAGUGGAGCUGUGUGCCUCAAAUCCUACGCCGGACUGAUCGGCACCAUCAUGACCCCCAACUACGUCAGCAACAGCACUGUGGAUGUGGACUUGUGGUGCAACUGCGAGGGCAGUGGCAACCAAUGGCAGGACUGCCUGAGGAUUCAGCACAUGUUCACCAACAACCCCUGUCUGGAGAACUCCAUCAGUACCAUGGGUAGCUCCUCCCCUCGGCCAGUGGAGGGCACUUUUCCCCCGCCCUCUCGCCCCUCCCCCUUGGACCAGCAGAAUGAGCUCAGCAACAACGCCCAGGAUGAGCUCAGCAACAACGCUGUGGAGCAGAGUGAGGAAGAGGAGGAUGUGGAGGAGGAGGAGGAGGAGGGUCAGUUUGACGUGAUCCCUCUCUAUGCUGAGAAGGCCACGGUGUCCAACCUGGGUUCUGGGGGUGGGGAGGUGUCCCCCCGUCUUUCCAUCGGCCCCCCUCCCUCCCUGCUGCUGCUCCUUCUGCUACUGUCUGCCUCUCUGAGCUGUAGUCGGCUGAAUAGGCUGAUGGGUAUUCAGAAGGGGAGAGGACGCACGCUGGGACUGCAAAUGAGACGCACAUUCUUGAGCAAGCAGAACUGUACUGCCUGACUACUCUGCACAGCAACGAUAUGAUGAUGAAACCCUUUCUUCCUUCUUGCUCACUCUCCCGAACGCUGCAACGCCGAGUGGACCGAUCUCCUCUCUCUCGUCAGGCUUGAGACCC